AUGAGUCAGCAGAGAUGGGCUCAUUCUGGUCACAAACAGCAGGGUCUGUCCUGUGUCAAUGAUUACAUCACUAACAUCUCUUGUGUGUGGCACAACCUGGGGCAACAUGCAGACUGCUAUCUCCAUGGAAACAGAAGUACUUUCAAAGGCCUAGUCCAGCGCAGUUGUAAACUAAACCACACAGCUCCCUCGUCCCGAGGCUGUAGUAUCGUCUAUGACAUGCAAUUUGUUUUUCCAGAACAGAUAGAGUUGGAGGACCCAGGGUACAUGCAGCGUACAAGCAGGGAGAGUCAGAUCCAGCUGGAUGAGAUUGUGGAGCUGGGUAAGAAGUACCAGGCCCGGGUGCGGAUUCGUCCCGUAGAGCCCAAGAGUGAUGAUCAGAUCCAGGGGCAGUGGAGUGACUGGAGUCCUGUCUCCACUUGGCAGUCGACAGUUGGCAAACAGCUAGACAGCCCCUCUGUGCCAGAUAUAAAUCAAGGUUUCUUACCGGGAGCUGUGGUUUUGGUGAGUGUCGUUGGUGCUAUCUCUCUGGUUGCCUGUGUGAUCUACGCACACAGCAGGCAUCUGAAGAGAGGCCAGCAUGUUCCUGAUCCCUCGCCGUACCUUCAGCGCUGUGAUGAUAUCUUGCGUGUUGAGGAGGUGACCGUGUGCAGUCAGGAGGCUUUUGAUCCAAUAGCAGAAGCCCUCCACCCCCUGCAGACAUAUCCGACCCAGGGGGGCGGCUCCAGUGGACAGUCCUCAGGAUUCUCAAAUAUGGGGUACUUCUACAGUGAAUAUCAGCCGGGUUCUCUUUGCUUGGAUCCGUGUCCUGUGUACUUCAGUUACCAACCAGCAGGAGACAGCGACAUCCUCCCGACCACCAGUUCUUAUGAACGUUUACAAGGGGAGCCACUCAGCCCUGAUUCAGGUUUUGGGAUGGAGGGAGCGGAGGUAGAGGAAGAGGAAGAGGAGUCAGAGGAAGAUGUGGACAUGCCAGUCCCAUCCUUCCCCCAGUGUUCUCAAAGUCCCCUAUCAAUAAAUCAGCCACUGAGUUUCCCGCAGCUUCCUGAGCACCUGCAAUGGAGCGAGGGCCCGCUGGCCACGCCCAGCCGCUCACAUACCCCCCAACCUCUGGAGGGCGCUGCAGUGGCUAGACCAGCAUCCAUGAUCCUCCAGCCUUGCAACAGUGGCUAUGUCACACUGAAGGAGAUGCACAACACCUACAGCAACAACUCCAUCUAG